AUGACGAGCGCUUCAGCUCUUUCCCAAGUUCGAGGUUUCUUGAAAAGAUGUAACCUCUUGGACUAUUACGAUAGAUUCGUUGCAGAAGGAUUUGACCAAUUGCAAUCGCUGUUUGAUGUGACUGAGGCUGACUUAAUUGCAAUGGAUGUUAAGCGAGGCCAUAGAAGACGUCUGCAACGGGAAAUCGCAACUGUCAGAGGAAUCUCUACGGAUCGACCGAUUUAUCUUCCAUUAGACAAUCAAACAUUAAAUGGCAUUCAGAGUAACAUUCCAUCAAAAAUUAAUUGCACACCACUCAACAUUAAUAGUGUGACAUCGGAAUCCCCUCUGCAAGAAGAAAACAGAACAUCUAAAGACGAUGAUCUAUCAGACCCUCAAGAUUUACAAACGAGUGAAUGUACAAAACGAAAGUACAAACGUCAUCCGAAACGUGAUAAAAACGCUCCGGUCAAACCACUUUCGGCUUAUGUCAUGUUCGCGCAUAAAGUUCGUGAAGAAUAUCGUGGAAAAAACAUUCCUUUUCCUAAAAUGGCAAAGAUAAUCGGCGAUCGUUGGAAGACAAUCCCGCCAGAAGAAAAAGAAAUAAUAGAGGCUAGGGCAUCUAAAGCUAAAGAAGAAUAUCAUUCUGCGCUAUCCGUAUAUAAGACCACAGAUGACUGGAAAAAAUAUCAAGAAUACCUUAAGGAGUUUAAGGAAAAAAAUGAAAUGAAGUCUCGAAUUUCAGGAAGUGCAUGUAAAAGACAAAAAUUAGAUAAUUCUCAAGAUUUAGAUAUCACUACUCCGUCAGAAUACUCGAGCAAUCAAUCUUCUAUCGGAUACCAUGCUGAUAAUGGCAGUGGAAAUAUGAGCAGUGGUAGUAAUAAUUCGAACAGCAACAGUAAUGAGAACGGAACUGAGGGACCUCAUCAGACGUCUCGACAUACAAAUAUUCCACAUUCUCCCAGGAAACGUCCCUAUAAAAAUCCUCCCUAUGAUUUUUAUCAUCCUGUGCCAUACAGUAGUGAUUCAUCGGCGUCUAAUUCCUUCGUUGGCCCAUCAUCAAGUGUCUCUUAUACGACUAGUAAUACCAUUUUGGAUGACUUGUUUACUAAAGAUGACGGUAGAACAAAUGAUCCCCGGAGAAACAGUGACUUUAGUGAUGAUUCGACCUUUACGUUCGAUAAUAAUUCUAUUUCGAACAACACUCCGGCUGUUGGAAACAGUGAAACUGAUGAUCCUCCUGUUAAUCAGCAAAAAAUUAUUUGA